AUGCGGGUUUUCACAGCUCUUCUAUUAAACGCCGAUAAAGUUGCUUCGAGAAUAAACUCCGACUUUUCGAGCCUUUCUGGAGCGCAGAAUCGAGGUUCUACUAGUUCGCCUGUUCAUUCAGUUGCAUUUGGGCCUAGGCCUGUAUCCGGAUCAAGCAACCAAUCUCACAAGUCUCCGACCUUUUUUGGCCCAGAAGACGUUAAAUCACUGGAAGUUAGUCGGCCAUCUUGCCCCUUCUCCAUGCCAGCCACCAUCUAUCAAACGACUGCUUCAAAUUCGACUUUUGCUGAAAUGGAUAAUAGGCAUAUUGGUCUUGAUGUAACUGCUACUACUACCUCUAGCAGACAUAGCGCUGUAAAUGACUUUGCAACUUCUUCAUUUUACCCAUUCAGCAGCUGUCGCAACGACGCAAGCAAUGCAACAGGGGGGCGUGACACGUGUUCUUUAAUGAAGCAUGAACAGACUUCAUCAGGAGUUCCAUACAAGACACUCUCUAACCUGCCUCGAAUUGGAUCCGUCUCACCGAGCUUAGAUUGCUUGGAUGAGCCGUCCCUUAUAGAGUCCAGCAUUGAGGCAAGCAUCCUUGGUUUUUUUCAGUAA